UUCUUUUUCUUUCCAUUUUUCAUCACUUAACUAGUUAGUUUUAAGUCCUUUGAGUGGGCUUCAACCAAAAGACAGUAACUUUGCAGCUUUUUUCCUAUCUCUUCUUGCAAAAGAUAUUAUAAAAUGGUCCACAGAACUCGCUGCAAAAGCUUCCUUUUUUCACCAAGAACCAAACUCUAAACAUCCAAAAAAACUUCAAGAAAACAAGCCAAUAACAACCAAAAAAAAAUCCCAUUUUUUUCUCUGUAUCUUCUUUUCUAGUCUGUGUCUACAAUGGACUUUAAUUAUCUGAAGCAAUGGAGAAAUCAAGAGCAAAAUGAGUCAGAAGAAGAAAAUUCUGCAAAGUUACCAAGACUUGUUCUUGAUCUUGACUCUUCUUUUUCUGCUAAUACACAAUGUGUUUCUGAUUCUUGUGCACUUCCAUUGUUUGUAUCUGAACCAACCAAAUUGUCAGCAUAUAAUACUGUUUCUUCAGAUUCAACACUCACUGCCACCAAAUUUCCCAGGAUGGGAAGUAGUUACUUCAGCUUAGCUCAAUGGCAAGAACUUGAACUACAGGCUUUGAUUUACAGACAUAUGUUAGCUGGUGCUCCUGUUCCUCAUGAACUUCUUCAUCAUGUUAAGAAAAGUCUCAUCAAUUCAUCUCCUUAUUAUAAUUUGCCUCAACAACAGUUUCAACAGUAUCACCAUUAUCAACAAGCUUUCUUACAAUCAGGUUAUUGGAGAAAAACAAGUAUGGAUCCAGAGCCAGGGAGGUGCAGAAGAACUGAUGGGAAGAAAUGGAGGUGUUCAAGAGAUGUAGUGACUGGCCAUAAGUACUGUGAACGCCACAUCCACCGUGGCAAAAACCGUUCAAGAAAGCCUGUGGAAAUCACCACAACCGCCGCCCCUCGUGGUGGCAAUGCCACCAGCAUGGGCGGCGGUGACACUGCCAUGGCUGGCCAUGGGAGUGUUACUCCUCAAUUUGCUCUAUCUGGACAUGCAGCAGCUUCCAUUGAUAUUCUUCACCUCAAUCAAAGGCCUUCAGAAUUUAUAAUUGAGAAAAAGAGUCCAAUGGAAGCCCCAAAUGAUGUUUCAAAGGAUGGUAAAUCCAGUGGCCAAAUCCUUCGCCAUUUCCAUUUCUUUGAUGAUUGGCCUAGACAACAACUUCAAGAAAGUGAAAAUGCUAGUUCAAUGGCUUCUGCCACCAGCCUCUCUAUUUCAAUGCCCGGAAACCCCUCGUCCGAUGUCUCGUUAAAGCUCUCAACGGGAGAGAGCCAUAACGCUGGUACUCGAGUCAGUAAUGUUGAACGAUCCACGUGGGGAACUAACCAUGUGGCAUCGAUGGGUGGACCACUCGCCGAGGCUUUAAGGUCAUCGAUGUCCAACUCGUCGCCUACGAGCGUUUUACAUCAGUUGCCAAGUGGAAGCACGUUGGGGGCUAGUUAUGUUAGCACUUGAUUGAGCAAGUGCACUCUUGAUUUGGUUUUGGACUCUAUAUAACUUCUUUUGGUUUGUUUCACUUUUUUCAUCUUUUGCAUUGAGAGCACCUUACAAAGGUGCAUUGUAUUAUUUAGGUUUGUGUAGGUGAAAUCAUGAAGGCUUUGCUUAUUUCUGUUACUUGUAAGUUGUGCAUGUUGAUUUGUAACAACUAUUUUCAAACUAAAACACCCAUUAUUAAGGCUGGAUCUUAUCUCUUGAA